GCGCACGCACUUAAUACGCCAACUACGUUGAGUUUACGUAUUCACUGCAUGGGACUUGCUGAAUUUACCCUAAAACGCACCAAUUGAGUCAAGGAUGGCCGUCAAACAUUAAGUUAAGGUUGUAAUUUGGCUCAAAAUAUUGUGGAGAUGAUUCUGGUCAGUUAUGUUUUUGUGAAGGAAACCUAAUAUCAGCGUUCUGGUACCUUCAAUUUCGUGCUGAGUUGUGAUUGUGUGAGAAACAUACGGACAUUCAAAAUCACAUUACAUUUACACGCAAGCCGAAUUGAGGAGACCGCGACCGAGACUGAUGAUUGCAUGCAUGCACUGUUGCAGGUGAUAUAGAAAUCGCUUUCGAACAGAGAAAGAAAACAAUGCCUGUUAUUGAUAAUGUGGAAGACUUGAUGGCAUGGCUGGCAAAGAAAUUGGAACCAAUUUGUGAUGCCGACCCUAAUGCCUUGGCCAAGUAUGUGGUGGCCCUAACCAAAAAGGACAAAACUAAUGAGGAGCUCAGGGCUACAUGCAUCGAUCAACUUGGAGUCUUUCUUGUAAAUGAAACGCAGUCCUUUGUCGACAACCUUUUUGUCGCUCUUGCCACAAAGUCUUACAUUCCAGGGGGAAGUGCCAAUAUUACAGCAGUAGAGGGCGGCAAGCAAGAUCCGCCGCCACCACAGCCCGCAGCGUUGGCUCCGGGUGGUGCCGAUUUACCGACCAGUGCUGAAACAUCAACCAAAGAAGAGGUCAGGUCGAGGAGCUCAAAUAGAGAUGUGACUGGAGAGAAUGAUGAGCAGCGGGAUCAUCGGCGGAGCGGCAGGAGACACUCCAGGUCACAUUCCAGGAGUAAGUCAAAGAGCCAUUCACCCAGGAACAGGAGCAGGAGCAGGAGCUUCAGUCCAAGGAGAAGGAGGAGAGAUGAAGACCGGAGGAGGAGAGAUGACCGGCCGGAUCGCUUCGGUGGCCCUCGUCGGUACGGAGAUCGAGACAGAGACAGGGACAGGGACAGGGAUCGCAACAGGGAUAAUAGAGAUUUCAGAGAUCGGGACAGGGAAAGAGAUCGGAUGAGGGGUCGUGAUGGAAGAGAUCCCGGCAGAUUCGAUGAUCGUGGGAGAAUUCGUGACAGAGACCUCGACCGUGAGCGUGACGAUCGAUUGAAAGAAAAUAACUCUAAGCCAAUGGCAAUCAGCAGUGUGAUCACGGUAGUCUCAAACGAUGGGCCUGAACCGGCGCAGGGCCCGCCCAAGCAGGGAGAAAAACAACAGCAACAACAACAACCUCUGCAGAGGAUACGACAGAGAUGUAGAGAUUAUGAUGAAAAGGGAUUUUGCAUGAAAGGAGAAUUUUGUCCAUACGAUCAUGGCAAUGACCCAGUAGUUGUGGAGGAUAUAGACAUGUUCAGACCGCCUCCAAACAUGGAUGCUAGUAGACCACCAGUGCCUUCUCUACCCCCCGCCCCACAGCCUCCUCUACCCCCCUUACCCCCUUCCCAGCCACCUCCGCCCCUCCUACCACCCUUCGGCAUGCCCCCGCCAGGUUUUGUGCCCACCCCGGGGAUGCCCCUGCCACCUCCACCACCCAUGCAUCCCCCUCCUGGGAGGAUGCACGGACCGCCGAGGCAUAACGGACCACCCCCUGGUCCCCCUCCAGGCCUACCACCACACAUGAGGCUACCACCACCCCCGACCUCAGGGCCACCACCGCCCCUUCCACCCAUGCCUCUCCAGAUGAAUAGACCCCCUCCUCCACUACCUCCAGCUCCAGAUGCUAAUAUGCCACCAUCAGUGCCUCAACCUCCGUCUUCACCUCCCAGAGAGUCCAGUCCCCCUCCACCGCCGUCGGAAACAAAACCCUACGGCUCGUCGCAAGAUUUCCAAAUGGAAGGCUACAACCCAGAAGAUCCCAGCAUGGAGGCCCAGGGGGGCAGGCAAUAUUUUGGAGGUGGCCGAGCCCCUCGGCAGGCCUCGUCCAACCUCAGGACCCUGGUGGGCAUACAGACCGUCCCUACGACAACCAAGGAAGAAAUGGAAGAAAUAGGUGCCCUGACGAAGGACUCCUCCUCCUCUGAUGACAACCAAAGCGAAAGGAAGGUGGUUGACCUCACCAAGGGCCAAGACGGUCUCGGUCUCGGUGUCCAAGAGGAGCAGAGACGUGCAGUCAUCAAGAGCAACGACAGGCCCUUGGGCUUGGGGUACCCCCCUCCGAAGCGGCCCUACAACCACGGUGGGGGCGGCGGCGGUGCAGUGGAUCUCAGGGCCAGGAUAGGCGGGAAGGGGAAAGGAAGAUUUGUGCCAAACAACAGGAUCCUGGAGGUGCGGAAGAUACCCAGGGAGUUCAACAACAUCACCAAGCUCAACGAGCACUUCAGCAAGUUUGGCAAUAUCGUCAAUCUUCAGGUUGCCUAUGCCCAGGACCUGGAGGCAGCGUUGGUCACCUUCACAACUCAUCUGGAGGCCAAGAAAGCCUACCAGUCCACAGAGGCCGUCUUCAACAACCGCUUUGUCAAGGUCUUCUGGCAUGUCCCUCCUGAGAACACAGCAGGAGAGGACGAGCCAAACCAUCACACAAGAAAACCUGCAAAGCAAAGAAUACAAUUACCUACCAAAAAGCAGCUGACUGUCGUUAGAAAUCAUGCAACUCCGUCAGAUAAGGUGGUCAUCCAACCCGGCGGCAACUCCACCUUGACCAAGACCAUCAUGAACCCGAAGGCCGUGGCCAUCAACCAGCGGCUGGUCACCGUCCAGAACAACCUGGCCAACGCCAAGAAGGCGGCUGCAGCCCACACCUCGGCCACCGUGGCCAAGAAGCUGGCCGCUGCUCAGGAGGCGGUGAGGAAGAAGCAGGAGGAGGCAAAGAAGCUGGUCGCCAAGAAACAGACGGAGAUCUUCAAGCAGAAGCAGGAGCUGAUGAACGGAUUCAUCCAGCAGCAGAAGAUGCUCAUAACCAAGUUAGAGCAGGGCAAGUCCACCAUGACGACCUUGAAGAGAGCCGAAAUCAUGAAGUCCAUCAAGAUGCUGUCUGAGAAUAUUGAGAAGACCAAGAAGGAACUCACGGAUGCCAAGCCCAAGACUAAAGAUAAGAAACAGGCCGAGAGGGAGCUAUUGGACACUGAGUUGGACCUGUACAAUCAGCAGUCUGAAGGAGGGGACACCUCCGAUCUGAGGAAGAGGGUGGAUGAGCUGAGAAGAGAGGCCCAAGCUUUAGGCCUGUUGGACAACACUGUAGGCAGCAGCAGGGGCCGUGGCCACCCAAGGUCAAUCCGAGGUCGUGGACGGGGUCGCGGGCGGGGCUUCAUGGCAGCCAGGAGGCGGAGCUCCAACACAAACCUGGUGGUGGACAAGCGACCGAGAGGCUUGGUUGUAGGAGGCUUUGCACCUGGGGAUAAGGAUGAAGUACUGGUCCAUUUUACUAAUUUUGGUGAAAUUGACAGUGUUGAAUACAACGAAGAUUCUGCAACCUAUGUCCUGGAAUUCAAGACGCGACAAGAAGCAGAGAUGGCUGUAGCUAAAGGUAACCAGUUCAAGGGUGAUUCUCUGAGUCUAGCCUGGCACAAGCAGCAAGACCCUGUAGCUGAGAUGGUAGAAGACACCAUGGAUGUAGGAGAAGAACUGGCAGAUGAAGAGGAGGAAGAGAUGGAAGAGGAGCUGGAGGACGAUCUGCUCCUGGUCGACGAUGAGGAGGAAGAGGACGACGAGGAAGGACGAUCAUGGAAGCGAUGACGAAGCGAAAGACACUACAAAAAAUUUUCAAUACAAAUUCAGAGUGCAAAUAUUGAACAUUGUACAUUAUGAAGCCAAUGCCUUGCUUGAAAAAGGCACGUAGACACUGUUGAAUUUCUUGGAUCUAAUUUGGACAAGAUACCUUGCUCCACAGUUUGUCAUCUGUGCAAAAGAAGACCGUGGAGGUAUUUUUAAUUUUUCCCCGAAAAAUCAAGAUAUUUGAACAUAGACAGCUCUGAAAUGUUAAUCAUGCCAAAAUACGGCUCCUAUUUUUAGAAGUAGGUUGACUGCUCUAGUCUAGGGCUUUAUCUUGUCUAUGAAAAUGGAUGGAAAAACAGAAGUUGAAUUAUAUACACAUUUUGUCUCAGAGAGU